GGUUGAAGUUGUCAGGAUGAACUCAUGUUCCUUCUCCCUGACUGUGUCCUGCAGAUGUUCAAAGAGGAGAAAUACCUGAAGGAGGCAGUAGACUGUGCUGAGGUCAUCUGGCAGCGGGGCUUGCUAAGGAAAGGCUACGGUAUCUGCCAUGGGACCGCCGGCAACGGCUAUGCCUUCUUAACCCUAUAUAAGCUCACACAGGAGAAAAAGUUCUUGUAUCGAGCGUGCAAGUUUGCUGAGUGGUGUUUGGACUAUGGGACUCAUGGCUGUCGCAUCCCAGACAGACCAUACUCUUUGUUUGAAGGUAUGGCAGGAACUAUCCACUACCUGUCGGAGAUGGCCAAUCCUGAAACCUCCAGCUUCCCUGCCUUUGAGCUUUAACCCUCCAGCUGAUGAGGCUGACGAUCGGGGGGACAGCAGGAGAUGGGGAUGGCGUGGUCAGGGAGAUGUCAGUAUUUGGACAACUUUGUUGUUGCUUUGGACAGAACAGUCCUGUUGGCAGCUGAAUUUCAGUGAAAUCAGUUGUUUCUGAAGAAUUCCUGGUUUAACAGCAUGAUCAAUGUUGUUGCUUAGGAGGUAGGGGUUUCAGGGGGAGGGAAGGAAAUAGAAGGGGGGAUUCCUGUCAGAUUAUUAUUCUGUGGAUGAGCAACAGGAAGGAUUCUGGAAACCUGUAUGUCACUCUUCCCUUUUGUCCGGUGGUGUUUUGGACUCCAUGAAGAACCUUCUCACUCAGAACGAUUCAUUGUCAGCUGACAGAGACAACAGCCCACCUUCUCCAAUCCAUUCCCCAUCGCACAGAGAAUGAGGUGUGAUGCUGUUCAGGUGUUAAAAUGCCUCUGCAUGUUCAUUAUUGCAGCACUUGGUGUCUCAUGUUCUGUUUGUAGUGUUUAAAAGGAUCCAUUCAGUUCUCCAUGUGUGUCAAAAUGUGCUAAAGUGUCAUCUUUGAUUUCAUAAUUGUAAACAAUAUAUGUGGAUUGAAGAAUCAA